UUAGGAUAACCCGACCAUGUUUUUUAUAUAUCGAAUUGUUUAUAGGAGGCUCCAUGAUCUAAUGCACAAAAGAUCAAUUAGGUGGCCGCGUUACUCGGGGAUACCCAGGCUAUCGAGACGCUCAAGUCCAACACAAUGGUAAUCAUACGAUCUUAUUUAAUUAUAUAUAUACAGACCCAUCUAAGGCUAGGUCGGAAUGUUUAAACACACAGAAACAAAGGUCGUCACUAGGAGCCAUUGUAUGGAAGGCAGGCGAAUACGUUGAAAUUGUUUCAGUUUUAAUUUCCUGUCGGAACCACGUUCAGACAGAGACAGUGAUAGACCUAGCGAUACCAGGAGAUAGUGUUUACCGUGACCAACCCAGGAACGCUAUUCUAGUGAUCAACAUAAACGAACCGUAUUAAUUUUCAAUCGUGUACCGGUGAAAAUUGGAUUUUAAUAGCGAGUGCCAGGUAUAAGUAUUACGCUAAUCAUACCCGGACAAAGGGACUUUAGUUAGUCUUUAGAAAGUAAGUCCCUAUAAAGCCACAAUGAGUACGAGCACCAGUAGUAAGAAGCAGGACAGGAAAGCGGACGGAGCAGGACGGAAGCUGAGUACGCUUCCUUCAUCAGAUGCUGCCACCCGGAAGUCAUCUUUAGAACCCCCAGCACCAGAAAGUUUGGCUGUUCGGAGACCGUCUGUUGACAAUAGGAAAAUGUCUAUUGUAGAUUCCAUUCCGGGACGUUCAACGUUAAUUAUUACGUCAGCACACACACAGCGCCCAAAUGUCAAGUAUGAAAAUACUUACAAAACGGAACCGGACAAGAAAGUCCGGAGUGACCACUUACGCGACUGUAUCAAGGAAUUAUUCGAGAAGGAACUGGACGAUAAGACAUACAACAAAGAGGAAUGUAGUAAUAUGUCAAAAAGUUUGGCGGACAGGUUAAAACAGCGAGUGAAAAUGCUAGGCUUCGCACGUUAUAAAAUCAUCACAGUGGUUUGUAUCGGCCAGCGUGAAGAGUUCAACCCAUCGGUAGCCUUUACCAGCAGAUGUAUGUGGAGCGCGCAAUUUGACACUUUCUCGCAGCACGUGUACAAGAACACGUCCCUGUAUGCGCUCGGCCUGGUAUAUGCUAUGUACGCAGAAUGAUGGAUUUAUAAACUUAGAUGCCAUGUUUCAGUUUGAAUGUGUGAUACAUAAAAAAUACAAGUGCCAAUAUCAAGGUAAUUGUAUAUCAUAUAUAUUGAAGGACUGCCGUUUCCAAUCAACUUGGACCGGAAGUGCACGACGCCGGAGUACGCAUCCGUUUCGUGGCAUCUUUACCGCUACUGGAGAGAUAUACUUGUUUUACACAGAUUCCUUUGGAUGAAAAAUCCUGCAAUUGAUUGUAAAAUAAAUGUUCUUGGUUCGUUAUUACAUAAAUGGCGUCAUUAGUCAUGAUAUCGCCCAGAAACAAAGAUCAGAUUUUAUGUUUGAAAAAGUUAGUUUUUGCUUUUCUAAAUAGAAAUUUCGUGUUUAUUUGAAAUAAGGAAACACACUUUGGCAUGCCCAGACUGAACAGGUAUAAACAAAAUGAGAAAAAUCAACGCUAAUCAUUUCAUUUCUUACUUGGUGUAUUUCUUUAUUAAUUUAUAUAACGACAUAAAAGGGUUAUUACUUACAUGUAUUGUGUAAUUUAUUUGUGAUGAUAAAUCCUUCCGUGUGGCUAACAACACAUACAUGUGUCACUAGUUCGUCUAUCUCUCCCGUAUAAUCAAUUUAUUAUGAUAUAUAAUUCGAUAAAAAAAACUGUAAAAUUUCGAAGAUAUCUCUCUUAUCGUGACAACUAAGUCCGUAUGAGUUAAUAUCUCCUAUAAGCCAACACUGUUCGACCUGCAGAUUGAAGGAUUUAGCGCAGUGAUAUCGCUAUGGACAGUUUAUCGAAUGACAUUUUUGUGCAGACAUAAAAUAAAUGGGAUUUAACUGUUUUCUCAGCUGUAAAGACUUCUCGUGUGUGGACAAUAUGUACAUUAACUACCAGCUGCAUGUCAAUUUCACAGUUCUAAUGGAAAUACACGGCGAAUGAAUUAAUUAAUCUCACAAUAAAAAAUAGAAUACGUAAGGAACGGAAAUUAAUAGUUUAAUUUAUAGACUAGAACUGCAUUAUUCAUUAAAUUGUCUACCACUCAUGGUAAUAUAACAAAGAUGGGUGUAUUCUAUAAUAGUGUGUAUGAUUUUCUGGGUGAAUGAUCACCACAGAGGCUAUAAAACAUAACAAACGAAGAACGAUGUGUUAUGUACGUGAAUUAAUGGAAUCACACACACAAUCUAAUGUAUUUAAAGUGGGUGGUUUAGACCCGCAGAUAACAUAUUCCUCGUACACAGUCUAUAAAACAAGCAGUGUGUAACAUGGACGCUAUGCUUAUUUAUUCAAAACAAAUCCUGAAUUUAAUAAAAUAAUGUAUUUCGUAUAG